UAAUAAUAAAAAAACAACAACAAUUCUAGUAAUAAUAUUUUAUAUUAUGUAAUGAUAGAAUAGAUUUUUUAUUUUUUUAUUUAAUUAUAGUGACUUGAAUUAAAUUCGUGUCGUGUUAAUAUUAGUGUAAGUUUAUUAUUAUUACUUAUAACUCUGUGAGCUGACAGUACUCAGCUGUUGAAACGUCAAGCAUUACAUUUUUUACUGUAAAAUGCAAGAAGAAGAAAACUUAUGGAACUCUAUGUUGAUCUCAUUAAAAGAAAAGGGCGGGACCCGGUUACCAACUGACAAGUCUAUGAUCAUAAUAGGUGAUAACCAAUGCGGUAAAACCACUCUUGUUGCAAAGUUGCAGGGUAUUGACGAUCUGACAAAGGGAAUUGGACUGGAAUAUGCGUAUAUUGAUAUUCGCGAUGAUUAUAAAGAAGAUCAUACAAAAUUAAAUGUAUGGGUACAAGAUGGCAACCCUAAGUACUCGUUUUUAUUAAAAUUUGCUUUGUCAGAGAAGAACUUUAAGAACACAUUGAUAAUGUUUGUUGUUUCUAUGAAAACACCUUGGAAUAUAAUGGAUCAACUAGAAAGUUGGGCAACAUUACUGCAAGACUACAUUGACAAUCUACCAAUUCCUAGUGAAGAACUUCGAGAAUAUAGACACAAUUGUAUUAAGAAAUGGAACGAAUACAUUGAAGAAAAUGUUGGUGAUAAAAAUGGGUAUUGGGAACCAUCACUUGGAGAUGGAGUACUUACAAGAAAUUUAGGUUUAAAUAUAAUUGUUGUUGUUACGAUGACUGAUUACAUAAGCUUUUUGGAAAAAGAAAAUGACUACAAGGAUGAACAUUUUGAUUUUAUACAACAAGCAGUACGCAAAUUUUGUUUACAGUAUGGUGCAUCACUAUUUUAUACAUCAGCCAAGGAAGACAAAAACUGUGAUUUAUUAUAUAAAUUCCUUACUCAUAAAAUUUAUAAUUUCCCAUUUAAAACACCAGCAUUAAUUGUCGAAAAAGAUGCAGUUUUCAUACCAGCAGGAUGGGAUAGUAUGAAGAAGAUAAGUAUUCUCUAUGAUAACAUGCAGACCAUAAGACCUGAUGAGUUUUAUAACUCUGUUAUAACAAAAGUUAAUACAAGAAAGGCUUUUGCCAAAGACCAUGAAAUCCAAGCAGAAGAUGAACAAGUAUUUUUGAACAAACAAUUAGGUUUACUGAACCAGAGUUCAAAUCAACAGUCAGCCAUUGGUAUACCAAGACAAGACUCUGUAAUGAGAUCACUGACAGGUGUUUCUAAGUCAGGUGAUAGGCGUCUAUCUUUAACCAGUCAAGGGCAAGGUUCUCCAACAAAAAAGAUUGAUCCAAUAAAAUCAGCUAACACAUCAACCCCAGGUGAAGGAGUCUUGGCUAACUUUUUCAAUUCAUUGUUGCAUAAAAAAUCCACUCAAAGUCCUGUUUUAACCAAAACGACAAGCGAGUUAUCUGGUUCAAAAUCUCUAUCUUUGGAGAAAACUGAAUAUGAUGCAGACACAGCAGCCGAACUGAAUAGAUUGGCUAAGAGAACAUUGAAUUUAUCACAUGAAACUUCUGCUGAAACAAAUCUGCCUGAAAACAGAAUUGAGGAACAAAUCUCAACUACUUUUGGUGAAAAAUCAUCGUCAGAAUGUUAAUUUAUGGUCGAUAAAUUAUUUUUCCUAUUUUUGUGAUAACCUAAUAAUCAUUAACGUUUUGUGCAAUUUUAUUUAUUUAUUUUUUUUUUAGCUUAGUGUGAACAAACAAUACUUAUUUUAUUUAUAUUUAUUUAUUUUUUUAUAUUAAUCCUUUAACUAUUAUUUUAAUAUGUUUAAAUUUUAUUUUAAAUGUUAUUAUAUUAUUGCAUGGUAUACAUUUGUAUUACAAAAUUCUUGUGUAACUUGAACCAAACUUAGAUAAACAAAUUAAGAGACAUAGUGUCCCCAGCAUAUGAAUGAUGAGGCACAAUAUUGUGACAUUGAAUUUUGAUUAUUAUUAUCUUACUUGUUUUAAAAUCUCAAAUUUAUUAAAGUUAAUAUUGUAUUAUUCUGUUUGGUUUAUUCAAACAAAAAAAUAUUUUUUAAUUUUGAAAAAAUUGUGUGGUCUUUAUAGUGUAACGGUUAUGUGGGUAAUAAUUUUCUAAUAUGCAGGCAAAUUAUAAUUUAAAAAGUUACAUUUAAUUUAUAUUGAUCUAUUUUUUAUAUCAAUUUAAAUAUUAAUUUUUUUACAAAUGUAUGAAGGUUAAAUAUAUUUAAAACAAAUUGCUCCUAUCAUAUCAACUUAUAAGUUGGGUUUUGAAUACAGCAUCACAUAACUUAUUAUCAAUAUAAUAUGUGUAUAUACUGCAAGUUCUGAAAGUUAAUUAUAGUUUUGAAUACGUAAUACAUGCCCCUUGACUAUUGCUUUCAAUUUUAAAAGGACGUUAAACCUGCAUGUUUUAUCUCUGUCUUAGUAAUGUACAUCACAGAAAAUUUGCAUUCAGCAGUACACAUUUUUGAUGUAAGCUUUAAUAUUAGAGUAAAUUUACCUAUUCUUAAAUUUAAAGGUAAGAAUAAUAUCUAUGAAAUGGCAUAUGCUUUUAUGGAUAUUAUCAUUUUAAAAAGAGAUAAAGGUAUGUAAAAUAUUACAACUUUAAAAUGUUCAUAAAUUAAAGCACACAACAUUUCCGAAAGAAUAUUCUUACCUUUGAAUUUGAUAAUUGGUAAAUUUACUCUAAUAUUAAAGCUAGCAUCACAAAAUGUAUACUGCUGAACACAAAUUUGCUAUGAUGAACGUUAGUAAGACAGAGACAACACAUGCGGGUAUAACAUUUUCUUAACUAGCAUCUAUGAUCUAUGUUUGUAUACACAUAUAGUUUUAUAAAAUUUGUAUUUUUUUUUUUAUUAUUUAGUACUAUAUUAUAUUUUGUUAUCGUGGUUGACAUGCACUUAAAAUUUUUAUAUGAAUAAUUGUAAUACUUUUUGUACACAUUUAUUACACUAUUUAAUUAUGAUCAAGAUAAAAUCUAAUAGUUUUAUGUAUAAUCUGAUGCUACUUAAAAUCACAAGUGUAUUGCAUUGUUAAUAGAAUAAAUCAAUUGUAAUAUAAAAAUAAAUACAACUACAACUAAC